AUGAGUGAUGUUGAUCUUAAUUGUCGUGAAGAAAACACAAAAUUAUCUUCAUUUCCUAUUGAAAUUUUAUCAUUUAAUAUUUGGAAUAAUCAACUAUCUAUUCCUGGCACACUUGAUUUUUUAAUGUCAUUUAAUGUAACAAAAAAACUUUCAAAUGAUAUAGAAUUUUCAACAAAAAUUCAACGAAAAUUAGGUCCUAAUUGGAUUCAUGUUCCAUGUUUAGCAGGUAUUGGUGGUUGUGAAAAGCAAUCAUUAUGUAGUCUUAUUCAAAAAGCAUGUAAAACCAACAGUUUUAUUCAAUCGAAUAGUAAAAAUAGUAAAAACCCAUGUUCCUGCGAUCUUGACAUUGGCAUAUAUACUAUUGAACAUGUUCCUAUUAAUAUAAAACGUAAAAAAAGUGCUAAACUCGCUCAACCAAUUACACCAGGACAAUACCGUCUUCAAGUGAUGUUUCUAAAAAGUAAACCAAAUACCAUAAUUGGCUGCGUGAUUGGUUAUUUAACAUUACUUAAAUCAAACAAAUUUGUUUGA